GUCACCUGGUCCUGUCUCUCGGCCACAACCGCCACGCCCCCUCGGCCGGCGCCAGCCCGCCCCUACUCGGCGCAUGCGCGAGGGUCGCCGGAGUUGCUCGUGCCCAAACGGAAGAGGCGAGGGUAGCGGGAGUUGCGGUGCUGAGAGCGGCGACGAUGAGGGAGCGGCGCUGACGGCGGGGCCCGGGCUGGACCGGCCUCGGGGGGGCGGAAACAAGCGGGUCUGAUAUCAUGAAGCAGGACCGGCCCAGCGUUUGGAUGUGCUAUUAUUGCUGAUGGCACAACUGAUCCAAUAUGAAUGUGCAUGAUGUUGGUGGAAGACGACGCUGUGAAGACAAUGAGUUUACGUUGCGGGUUUACCCAGAGAGUAUAGCAGAAGGCACCAUUUAUUGCCCUGUUGCUGCAAGGAAAAGCACCAGUGCAGCAGAGGUUAUUGAAAUACUGAUUUACAAAUUACAACUAGAGAAGACAAAAUGCUAUGUCCUGGCAGAAGUGAAGGAGUUUGGUGGGGAAGAGUGGAUACUCAAUCCAUCCGACUGUCCUGUGCAGCGCAUGAUGCUUUGGCCACGCAGUGCCCUAGAAAAUCGUUUCAGCAGCGAGGACUAUCGCUUCCUGCUUCGAGAGAAAAACCUUGAUGGUUCUAUUCAUUAUAGCAAUCUGCAGUCAUGGUUGAGGGUAACGGAGGAGCGGCGGAGGAUGAUGGAGCGAGGUUUUUUGCCUCAACCUCAGCAGAAAGACUACAACGAUCUGUGCAAUCUACCAGACUUGAAUGAAAACACACUUCUGGAUAACCUACGCAAUAGAUUUAAACAAGAGAAAAUCUACACCUAUGUGGGAACGAUUUUAAUUGCCAUAAAUCCUUUUAAAUUUCUUCCUCUUUACAACCCCAAAUAUGUAAAAAUGUAUGAUAAUCACCAACUGGGUAAACUGGAACCCCAUGUAUAUGCCAUUGCUGAUGUGGCAUACCAUGCCAUGUUACAACGCAAGAAGAACCAGUGUAUUGUUAUUUCGGGUGAGAGUGGCUCAGGAAAGACACAAAGUACAAACUUCCUGAUCCAUCAUCUUACUGCUUUGAGCCAGAAAGGAUUUGCCAGUGGAGUAGAACAGAUUAUUCUUGGAGCUGGACCCGUGCUGGAGGCUUUUGGGAAUGCAAAAACAGCUCACAAUAAUAAUUCCAGUCGAUUCGGUAAAUUCAUUCAAGUCAACUACCAGGAAACAGGCACUGUGCGAGGAGCUUAUGUUGAAAAGUACUUAUUGGAGAAGUCGAGGCUGGUCUACCAGGAGCAUAAUGAACGGAACUAUCAUGUAUUCUACUAUCUACUGGCAGGAGCCAGUGAUGAAGAGAAAAAGAGUUUCCAUCUGUUGAAGCCUGAGGAAUACCAUUAUUUGAACCAGAUGACGAAGAAACCAGUCAGACAGACAUGGGACGAUUAUUAUUGUGAUUCAGAACUGCAGGACAGUUUUACAGUUGAGGGGGAGGAUCUGAAACAUGACUUUGAGCGCUUACAACUGGCAAUGGAGAUGGUAGGAUUCCUUCCUAAAACCCGGAAUCGAAUAUUUUCUCUUCUAUCUGCAAUAUUGCACCUUGGGAAUAUAAAGUACAAAAAGAAGUCCUAUCGCGAUGAUUCCAUUGACAUCUGCAACCCAGAAGUGUUGCCCAUUGUCUCAGAACUUCUGGAGGUUAAAGAGGAGACACUGUUUGAAGCACUGACCACCCGGAAGACUGUGACAGUUGGAGAAAGACUUAUCCUACCCUAUAAAUUAUCUGAGGCAAUAACUGUUCGAGACUCUAUGGCAAAGUCACUGUACGAUGCCCUGUUUGAUUGGAUUGUAUUCCGAAUUAACCAUGCACUUCUCAACAAUCGAGACCUGGAAGAACAUAAGAUUUUCUCCAUUGGUGUACUGGAUAUCUUUGGCUUUGAGGACUAUGAGAAUAACAGCUUUGAACAGUUCUGUAUUAACUUUGCCAAUGAGCGACUUCAGCACUACUUCAAUCAACACAUCUUCAAACUAGAGCAGGAGGAGUACAGAGCAGAAGGCAUCAGUUGGCAUAAUAUUGAUUAUAUUGACAACAGUGGUUGCAUAAAUCUCAUCAGCAAGAAACCUACAGGCUUACUUCAUCUACUAGAUGAGGAGUGCAAUUUCCCACAGGCAACAAAUCAGACGCUGCUCGAUAAAUUCAAGCGACAGCAUGAGGGCAAUAACUAUAUAGAGUUCCCAGCAGUGAUGGAGCAAGCUUUUAUCAUAAGGCAUUAUGCAGGGAAGGUCAAAUACCAAGUCAAGGACUUUCGUGAAAAGAACACAGAUCACAUGCGACCUGAUAUAGUUGCACUUCUGAAAGGCAGUAAAAAUGCCUUCAUCUGCAGCCUGAUUGGUAUUGAUCCAGUGGCCGUCUUCCGCUGGUCAGUGCUGAGAUCCUACUUCCGAGCAGUUGUUGCCUUCCGUGAGGCUGGAAAACGCUUUGUUGAGAAGAAACCUGGGCAUGAUGAUGCUGUUCCGUACCCGGUUUUGAAAAGUGUCGAUAGUUUUAGCUUUCUGCAUCACCCAGUUCAUCAGAGGAGUUUAGAGAUCCUCCAGAGAUGCAAGGAAGAGAAGUACAGUAUUACAAGAAAAAGCCCCAGAACACCAUUGUCUAAUUUGCAAGGAACAAAUACCAUCAAUGACAAACCCCCACGUGACCUGCAGGGAAUAAACUGGAAUGGCAGAACAAGUGUCCAGACUUCAAGGAUCACCAGUGGCCAUUCCUUGAUUGAAGAUGAGGGGAUUUUUCUCAGUUCUGCCAGCACUAAACUAUUGGAAAGAGCUCACGGUAUUCUUAUGAGGAGUAAGAACACAAAACCCAAGCCAGUAUUGCCAAAGCACUUAUUAGAUGUAAAGUCACUGAAGUACCUGGCAAGCCUGACUCUCCACGAUCGCAUCACCAAGUCUCUACUCCACUUGCACAAAAAGAAAAAGCCACCCAGCAUCAGUGCUCAAUUCCAGGCUUCUCUCAAUAAGCUCAUGGAAACUCUGGGACAGGCAGAGCCUUACUUUGUGAAGUGCAUUCGAUCAAAUGCAGAAAAGCUUCCAUUGCGUUUCAAUGAUCAUCUAGUCCUGAGGCAACUGCGGUAUACAGGCAUGCUGGAAACAGUCAGGAUACGACAAUCUGGCUAUGGUAUUAAGUAUACCUUCCAGGAAUUUGUGGACCAUUUCCGUGUGCUCUUGCCGCAAGGUACCACCUCUUCCAAAUGUAGUAUUCAGCAGUUUGUGAGAAGUGUGAGCCUCAACGUUAACAGUUAUCAAGUCGGUGAGACAAUGAUAUUUAUGAAGGAGAGUGAGCGUCAAAGGCUGCAAAACAUGUUGCACAAGGAGGUCCUAAGGAGGAUCAUUUUGCUUCAGAGUUGGUUUCGCACUGUGCUGGAGCGGCGACAGUUUCUCCAGAUGAAACGAGCAGCAGUUGUGAUACAGAAUUAUUGGCAAAGCUACAAAAUGAGGCAGAAUCUCAUUUGCACAAACUCCAGUGUCUUAGAUGCAGCAGCAACCAGUAUUCAGGCCAUGUGGAAAAGCUACAGCCAGAGAAAGAUGUACUUGCAAAUGCGUGAUGCGGCUAUUGUUAUACAGAGGUGCUGGCGAGGUUAUUGCAGGUGCAAGCUUGCAGCACUCUGCAUUCAAACAUAUUGGAGAAGGUACAAGGAAAUGCAAACGUACAGAGCUUUCAGGGAUAGUAUCAUUAAGAUUCAAGCAGCAAACAGAGGAUUUGUUGUGCGGCGCAGAUUGCAGGCACUGAGAAGACAAAAGUUCAAAGACAAGAGAAAACACCUGGAUUAUGAACAAAAAAUGGGACUGGAUAAAAACUUGGAGGAAAGGUUUUCUAAGCUCGCUGUAUCUGAUCAAGACAAAUUAGAACUAAAUGAGAGCCCUGCUUCAAAGGAGACUGACAUUCAGGAUGUACCUGCUGACUGUAACGAUGUAUCCCUAGACAUGCAGGGUGGAGCAUUCAACUUUGCCAGUGUUACAAAUUUGCUCCAGGAUGUUACGGUGAGGGAGAGACCAAAAUCAUUGUCUGGGGACCCUGAGAAGCAGAAAGUGGUGCGUGCCAAACGACACAGUCGGAGAAUGAGAGAAUUGGAGCAGGCCAUAUUCAGUCUUGAAUUGCUGAAGGUGAGAUCAGGAGGUGUGUCUCCCUCAGAGGAGGGGCGCUGGUCUAAUGAGCUGAUUUCUGAUAGUGUGAACUCCUUGUCUCCUCAGGGAACACCAGACAGUGAGAGCUCAAGAGGUAGUUUUGAAGUACCCAUUGGCGAUGAUGGCCAGAAGAGACACCUCUGUUUAUCUGUUUGUGAUGACCUGGUGUCUGAUUCCAGCCUACAAACUGCUCAGGAUAAUUUUUCAACCAGUCCAAAAGUCAAUGAUCAUGAUUUAUCCACUGGUCUGCAACUCAAUGGAAAUAACCUGUCUUCCAGUCCUCCUAAUAACACUAAUUGUCAUAGUCAUGUUUCUGUGUCUCCUGAAAUAGCCAGUGGAGAAUUUGAAUUUCAAAUAUCAAGUUCUGAAGAUCGACCUCCCAGUCUGAGACCAGUAGAGAGUCUGUAUUCUAGUCCCAAGCUGGAUUCAUGUUUGUUGCCCGAUCACGACAGUGUACCCAGUCACCUGGUGCCAAAUGACAACACUGCUGUAGGCAUUGAUGACUGUAAGAUAGAAGACAUUACCACUGAACCCAAACCAAACGGAGAAGGAGCUGACAAAGCUUUGCCAAACUGUGCUGAACUUGCUGUAACGGAUGACGCAAGCAUGGAUUCCUUCUCACAUACUAAAGUUUUAGAAAAGCUUGAAUGGUUGAAUGUACAGCAAGCAGAGAGACAAAAGCAAAAACAGCAGCAGGAUGAGAAGGAGAUGAUGGAACAGAUAAGGCAGCAGACAGAAAUCCUUGAGAAACAGCGCAAGGUUUUUGAGAAGCAGGAGAAGGACAUGUUUGAGAAACAUAGAGGGGAAGCUCUGCAGAAGAUAGAGCAGGGCAGACAGAAUGAUUCCCCUCAGGUUUAUUCCAAAUCUCCAAGCAAGCAAGUAGACAGGCCCCAGUCUUAUCUUGUCAUGCACUCGGACAGAAAAUGGGAUCCAAGUUCAGAAAAUCCUUCAACAACAAGUACUGAGGCUAAGUUAGUGAACACUGCAGAAUCUUUUGAUGUAGACACUAUCUCAGGUCUACCCACAGGAAGAAACAGACCAGUGAGCAUGUUUUUUGAAACAAAAGAACUGCAGCCAUCUGGCCAACAAGAAAUUAAUAAGCCAGCUGGCUGGACCCCGAAGCUGAGCUUGGAGUCCCGUGAAACCUUUCCUAAUGCAGAGCGUCUCCGAAAGGCUGCACCUCAAAAAGGGAGCGCAGGCACUAAAGAAGAGUCACCCAGUAAUAUUGCCAAGGACAGGACCAAUGCCCUAUUCUUUUUGCCAAAAGACAAGAAUACACUGAGCAAUGUUGACAAAGAUCUUGUGAAUCUGGAAAAAUAUCCAACUUUUUCCAAAGAAGAUGAAGCUUUCAGGGAAAAGAUGGUGAAAAUGUCACAGCCAAAAAUAACCGAUGUUGCAAGACCAGUGCACAAAAAGAGAGCCCGCAUGGCGCGGACCCGCUCUGAUUUCUUGACUAGAAGCUGUAACGCUGAAGGGGAGGGCGAGACUGAGGAAGAGGAGUAUGAUGACCCCUCCAUUGAGCCCCCUCUCUCCCCCAGCCAACCAAGAUCUGAGCUGAGGGCCAAGGACAGUGCCGGACAGGCCUGUUACAGUGACUCAGAAAUGAUGCAACAUACUAGAAACGAAGACCAAAAGAAACUGCACAAAGCACAGUCACAAGAUGAACUGGGCAGAUUGGACUCUACUCAAAAGAAUAACAUCUCAGAUGGCAGAGCUUCGAAGGGUCGAAUGAGAUUCUGGGGAAAUAAAAAACAGGGGGAAAAGAAAUUGUUGAAAGAGAAACUGGCCACUCAGUCAGAACUCCAGGAACUGAGUAUAGAUCAAGAUGUCCAGGGAUCACAGUGGCAUCGAGAGCUUAAACCUAGUGAGACCUCACUCAGUCUGCCACUGCCAGAAGGAAGAGAGUGUUCAUUGAAAGGUCAAGCUCCUUCACCUCCGAACCUAACUCCUCCGAGGAGUCCUGACUUGGGAAUUGAACGAGGGAAAGAGUUUAAGGAGAACAGAGAACCGUCACCAAAAGUAAAGAGGAGGAGAAGUGUGAAGAUCAGUAACGUGGGCCUGGAGCCCAUUCAGAUGCAGCAGGACACCUUACAAAUUAUCACCAGUGCCAACGAUUUCAAGUGUAUGAACGAAUUCCUGCAGAAGAAGAUUACUGAUCUGGACACUGAUGACUGCAAGAAAGAUACAUUUGUGGAUGUAGUUUUCAAGAAAUCGCUUAAGGAAUUCCGCUUAAAUAUCUUUAACUCCUACUCAACAGCUUUAGCGAUGGACGAUGGGAAGAGUAUCCGGUACAAAGAUCUCUACGCGCUGUUUGAGCAGAUUCUGGAGAAGACAAUGAGGCAGCAGCGACGAGAUUGGAAUGAGUCACCAGUCAAAGUAUGGGUCAACACUUUUAAGGUCUUCCUGGAUGAGUUCAUGUUGGAACACAAAAUUCUGGACAGCAGUACUGGAAAGGUACAAAAAAAUGAAAGAAAGAAGAGACGGAAGAAAGAAACUGAUAUCGUGGAAGAAUAUAAUGGUCACAUUUUCAAAUCAACACAGUACAGUAUCCCUACCUAUUGUGAAUGUUGUUCUUCUCUCAUCUGGAUGAUGGAAAGAGCUUGUGUCUGCAAGUUGUGUAGAUAUGCUUGCCAUAAAAAGUGCUGCUUGAAAACCAACAUCAAAUGCUCCAAAAAGUAUGAACCUGAGCUAUCAUCUCGGCAGUUUGGAGUGGAAGUCUCUCGUCUAACCAACGACGAGAGGACAGUGCCACUUGUGGUGGAGAAGCUAAUCAAUUACAUUGAAAUGCAUGGCCUGUACACUGAGGGAAUUUAUAGGAAGUCAGGAUCGACCAACAAAAUUAAGGAGUUGAAACAAGGCCUGGACACAGAUAUUAACAGCAUGAAUUUGGAUGAGUAUAACAUUCACGUUAUUGCCAGUGUGUUCAAGCAGUGGUUGCGAGAUCUUCCUAACCCUCUAAUGACCUAUGAACUUUAUGAUGAGAUUCUGCGUGCAAUGGGUCUACAAGACCGAAAGGAAAUGAUUCAAGGUGUUUAUUCAAUAAUUGAUCAGUUGUCGCGAACUCAUAUCAACACACUGGAGCGACUCAUCUUUCACCUUGUGAGAAUUGCCCUGCAAGAAGAGACCAAUCGGAUGUCCUCAAAUGCAUUGGCCAUUGUCUUCGCUCCAUGUAUUAUUCGAUGUCCAGAUACCACAGACCCAUUACAAAGCGUUCAAGAUAUUUCAAAAACAACUGCGUGUGUGGAACUGAUAAUUGUGGAGCAAAUGAACAAGUACCGAGCACGUCUAAAGGACAUUAGCAGCCUGGAGUUUGCAGAGAACAAAGCCAAGAAUAGGUUGUCACUCAUCCGGCACUCAAUAAAACCAGUUAUAAUAGCGGUUAGAUUCAUGAGCAUGAAUCGCAGUUCGAUUCCGCCAAAUGGUGGUAAAAAGGGGAAAGGCCGUCUUCGCCGCUCCAAUCACAACAGUCCCACUUCUCCGGUGGCAAUGCGAUUGCUGUCAGUCACAGACGUUCCUGAAGAAAUAGUGAGUGCCGAUGAGUCAAUUGAUGUGGAAUUGACAGAGCAACAGAAGGCAGCCAUGCAGCAAGAGGAGAGAGUAUUAACCGAACAAAUAGAGACUCUACAAAAAGAAAAGGAUGAGCUGACAUUUGAAAUGCUUGCGCUGGAGCCACGAGCCUCAGAUGACGAAACCCUGGAGUCAGAAGCAUCCAUCGGAACGGCUGACAGCUUUGAAAACUUGAAUAUGGACUCCGAGGGAGCAUUAUCAGAACGUUCUGAAAGAAGCCUGGUUACAAGUUCCAUUGGUCAGGCCCGAUCUGAAGCAGGGAGAAGGUUGAGGAGGCCACAGAGGAAGAAAACUGACUCCAUUGUGUCAGUUGAAUCGGCUGUUCACACUUCACCGGCAGUGUCACAAUCAUUAUCUUGUUUACCUCAAGGAGGAAAGCGAUUUCGCUUCCGUUCAAAAUCACCAUCGCCGGCACUUUACCGUUCCCACAAUGUCACCAACACUGCAGAACCACGGGCCGAAAUGGACGGAGCUAAAAGUCAGGAAGAGAGGCCACAGUUUACAAGCAGAGGGACCUUCAAUCCAGAAAAGGGCAAACAAAAAUUAAAGAUGAUGAAGCGCUCGGCACAGAAGUCCAAAGAUUCAACUGACGGAGUCUUGGGCACAGACAAAAAGUGUAACACAGACCCUGAUUUUGGUGCUCCCCAGCAGCUGGUGGUAUUUGGGAACAAUGAGUUCAUGGUGUGAGACCAAGAACUUGGAAGGUUUCUGUCCUAAUUGAGUGGAGGUCCUUAAUCCAUCCCAGUGCAUCUUUCUUGGGUAGCUGCUAUCUCAGUGCAUCACAUGCAAUACUUCCAAUCCUCAUAGAUGGCAUUACUGCCGCAAGGAAUGACAAAGGGAAGCAAUUUCUCUCUAUUUGGGGAAACAAAACCUGCCGGAAGAUUUGUACUGUGGCCUUAACCAUUCAGACACUGAGAAGACAGAACGUCUGCACCUGUCAGUGUGCUCAGAAGGAUGUAGGUUGCAGAUGCAUUCACAAACAGCUGUUCUUGAGGGAUAACAAGGUCAUCAGCAGUUCAGAGCAUUGUGGUAGGAAGGCCGUACUUGAAGGAGCACUUGCUUAAUCAGUGUUUGCCAUCCACAAGAGGGGACUUUUCAGAAGACUGAAGGAAGGAAGUGGAUUUGAACUGUCAUCCCAUAAUUACACUCCAUUAAUGCUUAUGGUCAAAGAUUAUUGAGGGACUUUAUUUAGGAAAUCGCAAAUGACAAUUACAAUCAGACUCAAUAACACUUCUCACUAACUUGAGGCACUGCUGUUAGAUAAAUAUUUUUAUGUGUUUCGAAAACAUCCAGUAGCCACUGGGAAAUGUAAGCCAAAAUGUCUGUGUAAAAAAAAAUAAUGCAUUAACCAUACGUCCUAUGUCUGACAUUUUUUCAGGGUUUCAGGAACCACUUUGCGUGUCUAGUAAUGCUGCUCCUUCCUGGGUGUUUAGAAUUUAUGAAACAUGGAGUUAAAGGGACCAACCUGACUAGUCGUUGAGCUUGCUGAUCCAACAGCUGUCCCAAUAACAGCAGAUGCAUACCCAAGUCAGCAGCUCAUUGACUGCAAUGCAUGAUAAAAGUGUAGGUAAGCUAUUAUCAUACAGGCUCCUUGAAACUUAGCCCAGAAGAAAAUCUUCUAUUGAAUCGUCAGUAUUAAAAGCAAAGAGGACUUGAAGAAUUUUUAGUCUGACUUCUAAAGCUUACUAUUAACUCAAUGUUUUUGUUUUUAACCUUUCAUUUUAAUUGAAAUUUGUCUUUGAAAAAUUUGGUUCUGUGAUAUAAGAUUGUAGCUUCCUGUCCAAAGGCAGUAUCUAUGGAGUAGAUUAGGAACAAAACUGAAUGUAACAAUCACUGGAAUGGGCAUGCUGGGCUUCUUCUAAUUUAUAGUAUGCUCAUGACUGUAUAUUUCAAGAAAUCUCUUUGUAAAGGAUAUAUUAUCCUGUGUCAUAUUCUAUAAUAAGUACUCAUGUAAACUGUUUGGUAAUCUUCAACCCAACAGAGAGGUGUCUGGACAGUUUCAACUCUGUAUUUUUGACAUUAGCAAUUGGGAUGGCAUCUUGUGUAUAAAGUGCAAUUUAUCUAAUAUUUCUUAAAUAUAUCUGUGUACGGUGUACAAACAAGUUCAUGAACAAAUCUCCCACGGCUUAUUAAAGAGAAAGCUGUAUAAAUUACAUCCCGACUUUCUUCUUGUGCAUAGAAGAGGAAUCUAAAAGAUACUACAGUCAAAUCUGCGACGCCAGAAUGAUAGAAUGCAUCAUAGCAUUAAAAAAACGAAACCUUUAUUCCCCUUUAUGGGGACAGGUAGAUAAUGAAUGGCAUUUUGCUCUUUCUGUGUGUGUGUUUUUAUGUGUGUUUGUGCUAUUUUUUCCUGAUCCCAGCUAGGUUAAACCACUCCAACCUGAAUCUUUCUGAGUCAGAAACGGUCUUUGGUUACAUUCUUGAGUUUGCAUGGUUUGAACCUCCUCAGUGAUCCAUUGCAGUGAGAAAGGUUACCUUUACCAGUCUAGCUAGCUUUGUGGAAUGGGAAUGGUUUAACUUACUGAAGUUAAUUUUUCUCUCUGACAGCAGAAAACAGUAUUUAUGAAAUUGACAAUUUUGCACAUGAACAGGGCUACAGAAUGGAACUAGAUCUCAUGCAGGACAAAGUGUGGGAGAGGAGCUGAUCAAAGGUUGGAGUUGAAGACAUCCCUGUUUGAAUGAGCAAUAUACAGUAUAUUACCCUUGCCUGGCUCAAUUACACUAGUUUUGCUUGUUGUAUUCUGCAUGGUUUAUCAGUUAUUUUGUUAAUUCCCUGCAUCUCCCCUCCCCCACCUCCAAAAACUGAAUUCCAAACUAUUACUGCCUUUACCCAAUAAUUUCAAAUAUGUUGGCUGCUGACGAACACAAAACCCUUGCAGAUUUUUUUUCCAUUCUGUGACCUGAGAAUCUGACUUCAGUCUUUGGUGGAUCAACUAACAGGUGUGAAGUGCAAAAUGGACUUAUGGCUUAAUGUUCAGUUGGAAACCAAGACCAGUUCAACAUCUUGGAGAAGAAGUGGGGUUAUGCAGAGUUGCGUAACUGGAGAAACAGGGGCGGUUGCAACACUCUGAGUCCAGUGGUGAUGGCAUUUAAAAUCACAGAUGAUUAUUGAAUUGUUUCUUGUAUUUGAUGUUUCAGGAGACAUGAAGAACUCAGCAUGUCAGGCAGCAUCUAUGGGGAGAAAUAAACAGUUGACAAUGAAGGGCCUUAGCCUGAAAUGUUCAGUUUUUAUUCCUCUCCAUAGAAACUGCCUGACUUGCUGUGUUCCUCCAGCGUUUUGUGUGCAUUACUUAAGAUUUCCAAGAUCUGCACAAUCUGUGGUGUACAAGGACACAGCUGUGUCUACAAUUGUUCCCUUUCUGUCAAAUAAUUUCAAAAAGUCUCAUACAGAGUUUGUAACAAAAUCAGAUACAUCGGUGAAAUAUGACUAAUUGGUAUUACAGGAUUGGUGUUUGGAAUACAUUUCUGGGUUACUGUUUUACUUGUAUGCUAAUUUAAUAAUUUGCCAUGAUCUAAUAAAGUUCG